AUGACGGCCGCGGCGAUGGAUCUCGUGAGCGGGAAUGAUCCGACGGCUGGGAACGCGACGGGUGGGAGCGCGAGUCAAGGAACGGCCGGAUGGCAGUCGAUCAACGGGGUCCACGCAUCUUCCGCCGCUUCCGCUGCUCUUGCGCAAGGGCCGGGGCCACUGCAGCACCCCCCUCAGAGCCCCCACCAGAAGCUGUCGUCACAGGGCCUUCCCCUGCGCUCCCCUCGGCAUGCUCGCCACCACAGCAUGGGCAGCGCUGCUGCUCUUGCCCCCCACCCCUCCCCUCGCGCUGCUGCUCCCCACGCUACAGCCCACGCUGCAGCCGCUACAGCCGGACUGGUUCCAAAAGGCGCGGGCGAUUCUGUCCCUCGUCCGAGAAUGCCGCCCAGCGUGCUGGUUGGGAUCUCUCAGUCGCUUCGCUCGCUCUCGGUUCAGUCGGUUCAGUCCCCAUCCACUCCCCGCUCCCCCCGCUCGCACUCGGUUCAGACAGUUCAAUCUCCGCCCACUCCCCGCUCCCCAGGCCCGCAGUCCCCUCCCCCUCACUCCCCUCGCUCCUCCGCUCCCCUCUCCCCUCGCUCUUCUGCCCCUCUCUCCCCUCGCUCAUUCGCUGCUGCCCCCCUCUCCCCUCGCGCCUCUGCUCCUCUUUCCCCUCGUUCGUUCUCUGCUGCCCCUCUUUCCCCUCGAUCUUCUGGCCCUGCCCCUCUCUCCCCCCGCUCAUACGCCACCCCUCUCUCCCCCCGCUCAUUUGCCACUCCUCUCUCCCCUCGUUCUUCUGCUCCUCUCUCCCCGCGCGCUUCUGCUCCUCUCUCCCCUCGCGCCUCUGCUCCCCUCUCUCCUCGCACCUCUGCUCCCCUCUCCCCUCGCUCGUCUGCUCCUCUCUCCCCCCGCUUUCCUGCCACACGCUCCUCAAUCCCACGCUCCAACACCACAACUCGUACUCCUUUCCCUCCCUCUGCUGCAUCAGGGUUUAAAGCCCCAGCAGCACCGGACCAGUCACGUGCAAGAAAUGCACCAGCUCCCCGCCGACACGUGCGCUCGGCAAGUGUUGCAGAAGUCACGUGCACGUGA